AUGUAUCCAAUCCGCCAUCUUAUUGACCCGCCCACCAGUAAUCCUCCUCCUCGUGGCCAACCCCAACCACCGGUAGUUGGAAUUGACCCCAACGCCUCUUUAUUUACUCCACCCGUCCUCCCACACUCGACAUCAGCCGCCGGUCCUCUCACCGGCACGGCCCCGGCCUCGGCUCCGGCUGCAUCACCCUCUCCGGCCUCAUUUUCACAUCCAUCCAACUCGAUCAAUGCCAACACCACCUCCCAGCCGCCACAACAACAACAACAACAACAACCGCCACAGCCACAGCUCCCGACAUCGCUUUACCAGUGCGCUCAUUGCUUGCGUCGGUAUUCUCGGCCCGAGCAUCUCCAGAGACAUAUAGCAACCCAUACUCUCGGGAAGCGCUUCGUCUGCGAUAUUUGCUCCAAAGCCUUCGCCCGGGCAGACCUCCUCAAACGUCAUCGCACCAACCAUCAAGAUGACAACAGCAACAAACGUAAACGCCUCAGCUCCGCGGCUCUUGGUGCCGGCCGCGUUGCACAUGCUUGUCAGGCAUGUGCCAAGGCUAGAGUCAAGUGUGAAGAGAUGAAACCAUGCACAAGAUGUAAGAACCGUGGCAUAACGUGUGAGGUAGCAUCCUCAGAGGAUGCCGCGAUGCACCUGCUACAUCUCUCCGCAAACGCCCAUGGUUUUGAGUCCCAUCCACCAGCGGACACGUCUCCGAGCGCUUCAUCGCAAUACGCUCAACCAAUAAGUGCCGCUGAGCCUGAAUUCCAACAGCCAACUUUCAACCCAGCACUGAAAAGCUUUGCGUCGUCUUCUCGAUAUCAGCAGCCCAGCCUUGCUAGCAACUCCCUCACGCCGGAUGAUCGGCAGUUCAAAGAAGAAUCACAGUUGCCAACGCCUGAAACACUAAUGGACCAGAACAACCCAGACAACCUCAAUCGUCCUCAGGCUACCUAUCAGAACCAGGGCCUGGCUACGGUGGAGCAAGAUUUGGAAAAAGCACCAUUCUCAGAAUUUCUACGUGAUGUUCUGUACGACCAGUCGUUUGGAAAUUCAGCCAGAAUGGCUGAGGCACAAGGACUGGCUGUUUUGGACUUUUGCGAUGAUGUCAACCUGGACUUUCGAGAAUUUGACUUUGGUCUUCUCGAGAAUUGGAACCCUGAUGCCACCCAGCACGUACCCGACUCGACUACUCAAGUGGACAAUUCGGCAGAGGUUGCGGCCAUGCGAUCGACACUCGUCAAGAUCUGGACCGAAUCACCCUGGCGUUGGGUUCCGAAAAGGACCGAUACGGGCUACAACGAGCAGUCUAACCUUCCACUGCUCUCCCGGGAUGUACAUGGAUCUAAAGCCCUCAAGCCUGAUCGAGUGGUAAAGGACACUCUGCAUAGCUCCAACCGGGACAAGAUCUUGGCCAUCGUUCUGAGCACAUGCAGGGAAAAUAGCAUGAUAAAUCGCGUGGCUUCAUCGUUUCCCUCGGCCGAGAUAAUGGAUACCUGGAUUCAUGUCUUUUUGGCUGCACACAUGUGCCAAGUCUCAUCAUGGAUUCACUAUGGCUCGUUUUCCAUGAACCACCAAUCUCCAGAGUGGCUCGCCAUAGCCACCGCUGCUGGUGCCGUUCUUGCCCCGGUCACUACCCUAAGAAGAUUCGGUUUCGCGCUACAAGAAGCCGUCCGUAUCUCCAUUCCAGGCAGAUUUGAAGAAAACAACACCAACAUCGGCCUCCUCGGCCCAGUCCAAGCUCUGGUGCUAGUGCAAGACGUCGGCCUCUGGAGCGGCAACCGUCGGAAAAUGGAAAUCGCAGAAUGUCAUCUCUCGGUUCCCAUGGCCAUGAUGCGCUACAGAGGAAAAUUCACCAAAACCGCCUACCCAGACGUCAUCAUCCACCCCUCCGACGAGGGCGAAGUCCUCGAAGAAAAAUGGAAAAAAUGGUACCAACUCGAAUCAUGGAAACGUCUCGUUUUCCACGCUUACCUCCGAGAUGCCCAAGUGUCCAUGACACAAUUCAACAACCCCUCCAUGUCCUACGCUGAGCUCACCCUCCCUUUACCCUGCUCGAAAGAUCUCUGGUUUGCACGUACAGCAGAGGAGUUUAAAAUCCGGUAUCUCGAAUCUCGGACCAACAGUGAGGGCAACAAACGCCCUCCAUCGCUAGGCGAUUUAUUCAGGGACAUCAACCUCCUCGCCACGAACCACCACCUCCUCGACGUGCAAUACGCCAUAAGUAUCUACCUCCACGGGUUCUGGUCCCUAAUAUGGGAAUACCGCCAGCUCAAAUCCAUCCUUACCUCCUCCCCUUUACCCACUACUGACCCCUCGCUCUCCCCCGAAAUGCUCCUCACCCAACGCCACGGCGAACUCCGCCGUCAACUCUCCCUCUUCCAAUCCGUCACCCGCGGCUGGCACGAGAUGUUGUCUGCCCAAGAAUCCAUGAUUCUCCACCUCCUCCAAAUGAACCUCCACGUUUCACUAAUCGACCUCCAACUGUUGACCGGCAAAGAAGGGGAAGACCAAGCAAGAAGGGUCUACCCCCUUUUGCAGAAAUGGUGUCUCGAAUCGAGCGACAGCCGCCAGGCGUUGUAUCAUGCCGGCCAGAUCUUCCGAUGGGGGAGGAAUUUCCCCAAGGGACAUCUAAAGGACUUCUGGGCGAUUGCGGUGCACCAUGCUGCGCUUUGUUUGUGGACUUAUGGGAUCAUUAUCAGGGCGUCAGGGAGGAGGAAAGGUGGGGGGAUGGGGGCACCGUUGGUGAUUGAUGGGGAGGGGGUGGAAGGGGCGGGGUUGGAGGAGUGGUUGGUUUAUGGGGGGGAGGGGAGGGAGGUGGUUGUACAGGGGAUGGGGAAGAGGGGGGUUGUUUCGGUGGAGGAUCCGAGGGGGGUGAUGGAGGUUGCGAGGGGGGUUUUGGAGGCGAAUUUUGUGGAGGAGGGGACGGGGGAGGUUAAGGAGGGGGGAUUGCCGCCGGUUAGUGAGAAUAUUGUUGUUGUUUUGAGGCAGUUGGGGAAUGCGGCUUGGGCGGUGGGGUUCGGGUAG